UUCUAUUCCAUUCUCUCCCCCACCCACCAAGAUCUGUAUGUUUUCAGUGUCUUGGUCGGACCAGAAUGUCAUCCUAAUCUACAGAGCAUUUGAAGAAUUUCGGAAACUCCAUGAAACCCUGAAAAGAAAAUUCCCCAUCGAAAGAGGGUUAUUGAGGAAUUCGGACCGGACCAUCCCCAAGUUUCCAGGCAUCCAUGGGAUCGUAUGGAAGAAGCAGAAAGGGAGCCAAUGCCUAAAGAACCUGAAACAGAUGGAGGUUUAUUGCCAGGAGAUUCUGAAAACCAAGCCUCAGAUCUCUCAAGGGGAAGAUGUGGUCCGAUUCUUUGAAGCCCGGAGCCAAGACCUAGACCCCGACUUCCCCCAAAACAGACAGCACAGCAUUAUUAUAUUGUGUCCUGCAAAGCUUUCGCAGGUGAUACUGGAGUCCCUUGCAGAUAUCUCUCCAUCCUUUUGCAGCAGCAUCACUUUUCCUUCCGAAACGGGAGGUGGACAAAGAGGGCCGCUUGCUCUCAGCAUCACUGAACCCAUCGUCUGCCCCACCUUUGCUUGUGUCGCCCCCUUUGAAACUAUAGAUCUUAAGGACAGACCCUUCAGAGCCCUGCGAGAAGAAGGCCUGGAAGUUCUGCUGAAGGACAGAACAGGCUGGUGGCUGGUAGAAAACAACUGCAAGCAACUGGCCUGGUUCCCAGCCUCCUUCCUGGAGGAGACUGAAGAUGGAACCAUGAUGGAGGAGGACAGCGAAGAAGGGUUACUGUAUUAUCUCACAGAAUCCUAUGAGGCCCAGGAGGAGGAUGAGCUGUCUGUGAAGUCGGGGGUCUUGGUGGAAGCACUGAAGAAGCCGGACAGGGGCUGGUGGCUGGUUUGGUACAACGGAGAGCGUGGAUACGUCCCGUCGGCCUUCCUCCAACCGUACAGAAACCCACACCGCAAAUUCCUGGCAAUGGGGGAAAGCCAACAGGGAGAAGCCAUAGGAAAACCCCAGAAUUUCUCUGGGAUGGAAAGCAGUCGCUCGAGUCUUGGCAAGGAAACUCCGGACUCUGUGGAUCCUCCGCGUGGCUCCCCUUUAAUGCCUCCUCGCCCCUCCAUCCACGAAAUGCUCCAGAGGUGUUCAGCUGUCACCAAGAGAGCCUUGCAAUUGCCUCUGCCUUCUGCUUGGAACUGAAUGGCCUUCCAGAGCAAAAGAGAAAGCAAACCAGGCAUCUGGGAUGGAGAACUUCUGCAUAUUUUCAAAUAUGUAUUUUGUAGAGAUAUGUUUUAAUAUGUAUAUUUUAUAUAACAUUUAUGUGUUUUUAGCUAUGUUGUAAUGCUGAGAUUAAUACACACACAUAUAUAUCUAUGAGAAAAACUGAUUCCCAGAUUUUCUAAACUGGCCAAGGAAGAGGGAUGUCAGUAACUGAAUUAAUAGUGUCAUAGAGGGAAGAGAAUGAUCCUUAAUGGGUGUUGGGACUUAUUAUUUAACCGACGCCGAUGCAUGCCUUUUUAGGAUCAAGGAGGUUGGACUAGAUGGUCUUUAGGGGUCCCUUCUGACUCUAGAAGUCUUUGACUCUAGUCCUGUUUCUCCAUAAAAUCUGCUAAUGUCUAUGUGGCUGGAUAGCCAUUGGUCAGGAAGGCUUGUAUUGUGUCUUCCUUUAUGGCAGAAGGGGGUUGGACUGGAUGGCCUUUGAGGGUCCCUUCCCACUCUAGGAUGAUGAUGAUGAUGAUGAUUAUUAUUAUUAUUAAAGAGGCUGGGCUGGACGGCCAUCUGUCAGGAGGUCUUUGAUUGUGUCUCCCUUCAUGGCAAAUGGCAAUUGGACGUAAUGGCCUUUAGAGGCCCCUUCCAACUUUAGCUCAAAGUGGGGCUUCACUCAUCUUGUGAACUCAAAUUAAAUAAUUCUAAUUCAAUCAGGAGGGGAAAAAGGGACGAGAGAACAUGCACAGAAAAAAGAGAACAGGGGAUGAAGACAUUCCCCCUUUAUAUGUAUAUAUAUAAAAAUAAAAUAAAAACCUUAUUGUACAAAUA